ACAGGCCUGGGACAUUUGAGCAGUCUGAGUCCCCACAAUCUAUUUUUGUCACAGUAUCUGGGUGAGGGUGGGACUGCUGACAGAGUUGGCUUGUCGGACACCAUUGCUGGGCUGAAAUGGUUGUUUAGAACAGACUGGUUUACUGAUUUAUCCAGUCAUUCUCCUCAUGGACCUGUACGAUAUCAGAGGAGGCAGACUGGAUGUGAUUGCAGAGGAGGCUGAGCAUCAGGAGUUAAGCAGAGAGUCCACCACUAUGGAGCCCUACAAUGUGGUAACAGACAGAGGAGGGAGGGCGACCAGAGAUGUUUCAACCUUCCAGAGGUUCUCCGUCGACACCAACGAGUCCCUUCGUUUCGAGCCCUGCGAGGACAGCUCUCCGUCUCCCACUGGGGCAGAAGAUGGAUUUGAUGAUGAUGAUGUGUUUAAGGAGGGAGAAACAGAGAGUGAGACUGUCACAAUCAGGAAUCGGUUGCAAGGGAAGGUUGCUGAGAUGGAGAGCUUUGCGGGUCAUCUGGAGGAAAUCUUUCUCACUGUGGAGGAGAAUUUUGGCCGUCAGGAGCAGCACUUGGAGCAGCACUACAACGAUGUGCUGCAGACGUUGUCUCAGCGAUAUGACGAGAGAGCAGCGGGGCUGGAGGAGGAGAAGAAGGGCAAGCUGGAAGCACUGUACAAUCAGCUGCUGGCUUGCGGUCAAGCAAUGGAUGCGUCCAAGGAGCUCAUCGAGACGGCCCAGGAGGUUUACCGCAGCCAAGACAAGAGGCUCUUCCUGAAGACCGUUAUGCCCACCAUUAAAAGAAUCAAGGAGUUUGCCAAAGAGGAGCUUGACCUCACGUUGGCCACAUGUCUUGAGUUUAACACACCGCUUGCUGACUUGUCCGAUGUCAAAACCAUGAUGGACUCCAUCAACGUUGUUCCAGCUCCAUCUGCCCCAGUAAUCAACCCCCAGAUGCCCAACUCUGCCUCUCAGACGUCCCUGCGCGUGUGCUGGAGCUUGUUCUCCGACGACACGGUGGAGUACUAUGAGCUGUACUACAGACCAGUGCUGGAGGACAUGCCAGCAGACAGCACCUGUGCACCACACGUCAGCACGGUAAAAGUGAAGGAGACCCACUGCACCGUGACAGAUCUGCUGCCCAACGCUCAGUAUGAACUGUGGGUGACUGCUACCAACACCACAGGCAUCAGCCCGGCGAGCGAGAAGGCCUUAUACGUGACAGUGCCAUCGCCUCCAGUGAUCAAGCAGAGAGAGUGUACUAGCUGUCCAGAGGCUGCUCUGAUCCGCUGGGAGUCAGGAAACACCAACCCUGUAGACUCUUACACUGUAGAGCUCAGCGAGAUGGGUACUGACGGCACAGAGAGCAUCGUUACCGAGUCUAUAGUAGCUGUGCCCACCUGUCAGUGUCUGAUCCAGCUGCAGACGGGACGGCGUUACCUCAUCUCUGUAAGAGCAGUCAACAUCGGCGGGCCCAGCGUCAGAAGUGAAGCGAUUACUGUCUCCACAACAGGAACGUUCUUCUAUCUCCUGGAGGACAGCGCCCACCCCUGCCUGUCCUUCUCUGAAGAUGGCUUUACGAUAUUUUAUGGUGACGAGGAGCUGCCGAUCAGCGCUAUGGCCUUGGGCGAUAACACCUUCACCAGAUGUGUAGCUGUCCUGGGGGAUCUGAUUCCAGUGCGAGGCAGGCAUUACUGGGAAGUUGAGGUGGAUGAUGGGACGGAAUUUAGGAUCGGAGUUGCGUAUGAGGACACAGGGAGGAACUCGUACCUCGGAGCCAACAAUACGUCCUGGUGUAUGAGACACAUUCUCACUCCAUCCAGGCAUAAAUAUGAGUUUCUGCACAAUGGCUGGAGUCCUGACCUGAGGAUUACAGUGAACCCUGUGCGGAUAGGAGUGGCACUGGACUACGAGAGGGGGACUCUGUCCUUCUUUAAUGUGGAUCUGGAACAACACUUGCAUACCUUUCACUGCCACUUCCGAAAUUAUGUUCACCCCUGCUUUGGCAUGGACAACCCAGGAGCUCUUACUGUACAUAAUGGCAUCGAGGCACCGGAGUACACAUUCAUCUGACACCAGCAAUAAUAGUAUUACCAUGACAUAAAACCCAGGGCUGCUAGGAAGUGAAGUGAAAAACUUAUUUAUAACACUUACCAAAGCUGAGUGACAUCUUCAAUAAAGAAAACCCAAAUUCAUAAAAACAAAAAAACAUAUCUGCUGAUCUUUCUCAGCAGUAUAAAAUGUGUGUGACCUAAAGACAAUAAGGGGUUUUCAGUUCUUUUUAUUAUAGUAUUCCAUGGGAACAGGCAUACACCAUUUUCCAAUAUAAGAAAAGUUUCACUGAAUUUUACAAUAUGUAUUUAUACCAUCAGCAACUGCAGCAGACCAAGUGUUUCAGUUCAAAAAAGGAAAUAAGGGGCUUGUUUCUGAUAAACCAAAAGAUGCUUUGAAAAAUGAAAUAAAAGUGUUUUAAGAAA